AUUCACAAUUUUUUUGUCGGAGACUAUGAUCCGAUGGAUUUAUUUAGUUUUAUCUAUGAACUUUAUUUUCGGUGUUGCUUAUGGUUUAGACACAAAUUCCUCCUCGGAUAUCCAAAAAAGUGUGCUCCGUCUAAAGCACCAACUCACAGAAGGAACGAUCCCUUCUAAGCUCCUUCCAUUUCUCAACCUGACAGCAGUAGAAAAAGAGAAAGCCUCACACAAUGGAAGUCUGCAGUUUAUUGUAGACGAUGAUUAUAAGAAGGGUAUUAGUAAAGACCCUCCAGUUUUGAAUAUAAAUGAGAUGACACAUGACGGGAACAAGACCAUCGUGAAGAUCUCCGAAGAAGCCACCUACCAACUGAUUCAAAAAUGGGUGGAUCAAGCGGCGUCAGGCUUUAUGAUGGCCUUGAUGAGCACUAAGUUAAAAGAUAAACGCCUAGAACCCCGCCACAUCGCCCAGCACAACAAUUGCACGCAGGUGGCCAAGUCGAUCACGGAGCACGCGCAGUGUGUGGUGACAAUUCUCAAGCGUCUAGAUGAUCAGAGACGGAAGAUUCGAAAAUUUAAAAAGUUAAAGUUUCGAAGAUCCCAGCUGAGAAGAGCCAGAGCAAAACGAGAUCUUCCCGAAACAUACCGAGAAGACAAGGAACGUGUGGUUCAGCAGAAGCAGCAAUAUGAGCUGAAGGGGAAGAAGGAGAUGACGUCGCCGUUCUCCUUGAUAGCAAAGACCCUGACGGAUAUUGUGAGGGAGAAUAAGAAUAAGGAGAAGGAGCCGAAGAAAAAGUGGCAAACUGUGAUCAAUGAGAUUAAAGAUGAGCUGAAUAGGAUCAAGCAGAAGAAAAAGGAUCAGGAGGAUUUUCGGAACGUGUUUUCAAAAUACUCAAGGACUAUGAAGAUGCUUGGUUUGAACCCGGAGACUGCGUUCAGAAGAGCGGGCCUAGAUUCAAUUGGUGAAGAGAUUUCAGCUGCAAACACCACUGGAAAAUUAAGCGAGGAGGAGCAGGUAUUGAAGAAGCCGUUGAUGAUGAUUAGAGAUGGUGUAAAGCUAGGAAUGAUGCUAACCGGUCAAAAUGUUUCAAACUUCGACGACCGGAAAAUCGCACUGAUGUCCCCUCAGUUUAUGAGUGUUCUACCGGAUGAGCAGGCAAAUGAUACGGUAAACCUACUCUCCCCUUCCGUGUUUGCUCUUCAUGAAUCCGGCUCCGAGCUUGACCAAAUGCUUUCACUAUCCCGAGCGAUGAGGUUUCUCUCUGAAAAUGGGCAUGAUGACUGGAUGAACUUUGUGCUAGAAGCUUCAGGGGUGACAGAAGCCGUGGAGAAAAUGAGAUUCGACGAGAGAAAACAAGAGAUGGAGGCGUUCCGUAAGCAUUUUUCAAACGAAAAUGGGCAGCCAAUGUACUUCACACGUCAGAAUGUAUCAGAGAUGUAUGGAGAUUAUAAGACCUCAAAAAUUGACUCAAUGGAGAAGUUGCACAAGUCGAUGUCGGCAGCUCAGAUGCACGAGAUGAACUCAACUGGCUACGCAAUCAUGAGCUCCCAGCAAAUCUCCGAGUUCUACGGUCCAGGCUCCCCGUACAACGAUUCCCAUGCCUAUGAGAACUACAGAAAUUUGAGAAGAAAUGAUAUUCCAGAUAUUUUAGAGAAUAAUAUUCAUCAGAUGGCGCGCGAGGAGCAAGCCUUCAAAGUUGCUAGACAGAAAGAUGUAGUGCUGAGCCCUCUCCUCUUCACCUGGAUAACGUUGGCUCCUAAAACAGCAUCCCAGCCGAUCGUCCUCUCCCCACUCGUCUUCUCCCCGCUGAUCCUAUCCCCAUCGGCCCUGGGCCCCCUGAUCCUCUCCCCGUGGAUCUUCUCCCCACUGAUUCUCUCACCACGUGUCCUUGCCCCGAUCAUCCUCUCCCCCACUAUUUUCAGUCCCAUCAUCCUUUCCCCUCUAGCCCUGUCCCCACUAAUCCUCUCCCCAGCCGUCGCCGAUCCACUGAUCCUCUCCCCUUUCGUCCUCACUCCCUUCAUUCUGAGUCCUCUCGUCAUGGUCCCGCUGAUCUUAAAUCCCUUUUGUCUAUCUCCCCUUCUGGGCGUCCCAAACACUUUAUCACCUAUCAUAUUAUCACCAUUUGUGUUAUCACCAUUCGUGUUGUCACCUCCGUAUGUCAAUGCAUUCGUUCUGUCACCGUAUUUUUUGUCGCCAAUCGUUUUGUCGGAUGGUUUACUGUUUACCGCAGUUUUGUCGCCGUCUUUCUUGAGCUCUUUGUGA